GAAAAAGGAAAUAAAUGAAUAAUUAUUUGUUGCCUUCCUUUUCUGUAAAAUUCAGGGAGAACUGUCCACCCUUUUUCGUUUUUCUCCUUAUUACAGACCCCCCCCUUUUGUUGAUGGUGCUCUGUGUGCCCUUUUUCUUCUGCAAGAACUACACCAACUAAACCUUCUUUUUCAACUUUUUUUUGGAGGCUGGUGGUUUUUUCUUCCAAUCCUUAAGGAAGGCUAAGAAAAAGUGAGCCAUGUCAGGCUUGUAUAAUCCCAACUUCUCACCUGCUAGAGCUGCUUCUCCUCAGAUUAGGAGUACCCCAGACGUGGAUAGUCAGUACCUAUCAGAGUUGCUGGCAGAGCAUCAGAAGCUUGGACCCUUCAUGCAAGUUCUUCCCAUAUGUAGCCGCCUCUUAAAUCAAGAAAUAUUAAGAGUUUCUGGAAUGUUGUCCAACCAAGGUUUUGGUGACUUUGAUAGACUGCGGCAUAGAAGCCCUAGUCCAAUGGCUUCUUCAAACCUCAUCUCCAAUGUCAGUGGAACAGGGUUGGGUGGAUGGAAUAGCCUUCAACAGGAGAGAAUAUGUGGACCCCCUGGAAUGACAAUGGACUGGCAAGGUGCACCUGCUAGUCCUAGUUCGUUCACUGUUAAGAGAAUCUUGCGCUUGGAAAUUCCAGUUGAUACAUACCCCAAUUUCAAUUUUGUUGGAAGACUUCUGGGACCUAGAGGCAAUUCUUUGAAACGGGUAGAAGCUUCUACUGGUUGCCGUGUGUAUAUCAGGGGAAAAGGAUCAAUAAAGGAUCCAGACAAGGAAGAGAAAUUACGAGGAAGACCAGGCUAUGAGCAUCUCAAUGAACCGCUUCACAUUUUGAUUGAAGCUGAUUUACCAGCUAAUGUUGUUGACCUAAGGCUCAGGCAGGCUCAGGAAAUUAUUGAAGAACUGCUCAAGCCUGUGGAUGAGUCACAGGACUACAUAAAGAGACAGCAAUUGCGUGAAUUGGCUAUGCUGAAUUCAAAUUUCAGAGAAGAGAGUCCCGGGCCAAGUGGCAGUGUGUCGCCAUUCAACUCUAGUGGAAUGAAACGUGCAAAAACGGGUCGCUGAAAGUUGGUCCUUGAUGGUGUAGAUUGGUAUUGUGGUCCUCCAGCUAUUGAUUGCUGAGAAUAUCUUCCAGUACAUGUCUCAUUCAAUGCAAGCUAUAAAAGCAUAGGCUAACAAUUCUUGCUGGUUAGCACUCUGGUGGUUUUUCCUUCCCGUUUGUCCCUACCUUUUUCUUCUUGAACAGAAAGGAGACACAGCUGGAAUGAAGAACUUUUAAAAGAGAAAAAUUUAUAUAGUUGGGGUAUUGAGAAUAGGUUUUUUCAAACCAACCCUUUUUCUUGCAAACUUAAUACAUUCAUUGGAUUUAUUCUUGCGUCAGUUACUUUUGAUAAGUGUGGAAUAUAUACAUGUGAUGGUGAUGGUCAAGUUUUAGGUCUAAGUCGAUGAAGUGUUGUUGGCUUGUGACAUUGUCAAAGUCUCUUGGUAUUUUAAUAUUUAUAUAAGUUAGCAUAGGCUGGAUUCUUUUUAGUUGUUUUUUGUCACAAGCAUUUCUAUUCUCUUCAGUAUGCACUGUAGUGGGAAUGAUGCAUGUCAGCAGAUAAACAUCUUACCAUGUACCAUUUGUUUGUAUAGAAUGGUACAUAUAAAUCUUUUGCAAAUUUUCUUGUACCUUAUCUUUUUGGUUUGUUAAAACACCAUCUAUACGUCAUCCGGUGGAAUAAGAAGACUUCUGUUGUUAUUGUACAAUGUUAGUCACAUUUAAUAGAAAUCACAGGCUCACAUCACAAUAGAGCCUGAGAAUGGAUACUUGAUUGGCCUACUGAGAAAUGUGGCUUUUGCACAUCCUUUGAAGCUGAAGUGUGGGAUAUUUUGAAGGGUCUGAAACUUGCUUGGAGCAUUAAUAUCUGCCAAGUUAAGAUGUUUAACGUAAAUUCUGAUGUUAAUCAUAUAUGGUCGGUGAAGUGUAUUAAGUUAGCCCCAGAGCUAAUGAGGUACGUAAUGCUGAUUAUACAUACUUGCAUGUAACCCGUUUCUUGUGUUUAUAUUUGGCUCUUGCACUGUUUUCAUCAAGCCACAAGCAAGACAAUUUUAUCCAUAAAACAAACAAAAUUCAAUAAAAAAGAUUUUAAUUAUAUUAACAUUUAAAAUGCCACCCUUCAUACAAGUUUAAUUUAAUAUAUAGGAUGCAAUAUAUAUGCUGUAAUAUAUACCACAGUAUGAAUUGAGAUGAUUUCAAAU